GCGAAUCCUGUUUUUUGUGGUAUAGACGCAUGAAUGACGCACCCAACGUAACUGCUCACGAUAACCCGCUGUAUUUCUGUCAAAAAUGUUUCUCUGCAGGUACGUAGUCUCGUACAGAAAACUCCUUUUCCCAACUGUUUCGUCAAGAGGGUAAGAUAUCUGCCUUAUUUCUAUUCGUUUCCGAGCUUUCAACUUUUUGUUCUUGCAUUUUGGUGAACCAAAGUACUAGUUCGUUUCAUGCAUGAAAACGCAGACGAGAAGCUACAUAUUAUCAACUCAUCUUAAACUCGCCCCUAAGUCAAAAGAAUAACACAUACGGUAUGUUGAGGCGUGUUUAAACCUUAUACUCUGACUUCCUCCAUAUCUCAGUUCCCUCGAGAAGGGACAGAGACUGGGAACGAACUAAGAUGUCUUUGGAAGCCGAUAAAGAUAUUUUGCAUUACAAAUGUCGAAUUCUCUCAUCUUUUGCUCCUACACUUAAAAAAAAGUCUUAAUGUUUUGAUUUAAACAUGCAUAAUUCUAAGUAUCGACUGUUUCCUUUCAAGAGAGGUAUAUUAAUUACAUUUCAGUUAAUCUUUUGUGGAUUGAUCAAAUGUUUUGGAUAUGAAAUUCAGCGUAAAUGACAUUUCUGAUAUAAAAUGAUAAGUGUUUAAUCACGACAAAGACAAUAAAAAACAUUACAACUCGAUUUGAGGAAGUAAUAAAAACAGAUUAAACAAAUCACGAGUUGAAAUCACACGUAGUGUCACUUACCUUUCCCAUUCUCAAACAAAUCGUUUGGGCCUGUAAAACUACACUAUGGUUUCCCAACUUUCUUUGAUUAUAUCACUGGUUUUCAUGUUAUAUCUUUGCCAUUUUCGUGUCGAGGCGAAUUCUCGACCAUUUCAAAAGCGAUCAUGUUGGAUGUGUGAUGCACCGCGAUGCGACAAGUGCGUGACAAGCCAGUGGACCUCAUGGAAUCAGUGUUCAGCUCCGUGCGGGUUAAACGGCUAUCAGUCAAGAAGUAGGGUCGUGCAUCAGCCGUCAUCAUGUGGUGUUCGAUCAUGUCCACAUUUAUCAGUAAAGGAGUGGCGACCAUGCAACCGUUGGUGUCAAAAUGGCGGGACCCCCGCUCGAUGGGGCUGCCACUGUCCGCUCAACUACAUCGGUGACUGCUGCGAAGCAGCAUACUUAGGAUGGAGCGGAUGGGGAGACUGGGACCAAUGUAGUAAGACAUGUGGUGGUUCUGGUGUUCAAAAGCGCAUGCGUGUGUGUGUUGGCUUGCUACCGAUUAACUCUUCCACUUGUGACAGCGUGUGCCCAGGGCCGAAUCUUGAAACAAAAGAAUGCGGCACUCACGAAUGUCCAGUUGAGUACAAUUCACUUGGUUGUUAUAGAGAUAGUACUCCCCACGCCCUCCCGUUGCUCCUAAAAAGCUUUCGAAAUAAUAUCGAUUGGAAUGACAUGACGAAAGUCGUUCUAGCAUGUGCAGAGAUCGCCAAGGGGCGUGGUCUUGCCAUAUUUGGAAUACAGUUUUACGGAGAAUGUUGGAGUGGACUGGACGCUGAAAACACGUACAAUAAGUACGGACCAUCGGAAAAAUGUUGGAAUGGAGUAGGGGAGAAAGGAACCUACUAUGUGUACAAAUUACGAGAGUAAAAGAUCCCAUUUUUUUCGAAAUUAAGGAGUAAAAGAUAGAAUUUAUGUUCGUUAAGAAUAGGUUGUGACACUUUAUAGAAUUAAAUACUCCUAAAUUACGAACAAAACUGCGUUAUCGUCUUAAAUUCCCCGCAAAUGAAAACCCCUGACCAUGAAAUAUCCCUGAAAACCGACAACUUGUGGGGCAGCCAUACACUAUCACUCUCUCCACUGUGCAUUGUCGCUUCCAAAGUAAUUGCUAACAUUCUCACACGCUGGUUUUAGACUGAGGUCCUUAUGCAUCAUUCGAAAGUAAAAUACAAGACAGUCAUGGGGGGGGGAGGGGAGAGCUGAAUACAGAGUAACGUUCACAGCUGUCACCAUGGACCAAACAUUUGAGAAGGAACCAUACAAGUCUGCAGCAUUCACCAGAGAUUGUUUAUCACAUCAGAAUCUCCGGAGCAUCACCGAGAGCUCCGACGACGAUUUUCCAAAAGCUUUCAAACAUAUUUUGCAUCGUAAUUAUGCAAUCAAAAUUCUGAACAUCAUACAGUAAGCAACUGCUCCCUAAAUAUUUCUAUUAAUCUAUUUGCUUUAUCUAUAAUAAUUCCAGAUAUUUUUUCUGGUAUGAACGUUGAAGCUACAUAAAUUUUUGUUCUUGCUUGAUCUAAAUAUACAACCGAUGAAUACAUUAAAAAUGAUUGAUUCUGUUCAAUCUGAAAAAAAUUAUUAAAAAUUAGCUCCUUUUAUAAUCCUCUUUUCCUUCUACUUUUCAUUUCUCGAGUGUCAAUUAAUCUAUUACUAAAAAUUUUCUAGCUAUGGUCGAGCCAUGAAGUUGAAUACAUGAUGAUAUUAUAAACUUUUCCAGUCAGUCUCCAAAAGAUACUUUUGUCCUGGCAAUUUUUCAUGAUUUGUACAAAAAUAUGAUUGUAAAAAUUUCAGACUUAAGAAUAAAGAAAAUCAAAAUAUUCUAUCUCAAAUUUAAUCUAUUUGUUUAAAUUGUUGACUAAAGCUAUUUCAAGCUUCGUCCACAAGUUGAACCACCUUACGACUAAAGAGCAGAUGGUACCUUCGAAAGGAAAAAGCACAAGAACAAUGCGGUCCUCUUUUCGUUAAACCAAUCAGAGAAGACGAUAUAUUGAUCACUUACGGGCGUGUGAACUGUGUCAUUGGAAAAACAAACUGCUUAAGGGGCCGACCAUUUAACUCUCGAAGGGUGGGGUGGGUGAUUUUGAAAAAAAAUUUCCUGCAAGCGGUUGUUGGA